AUGAAGGUCUCCCACUCUACCGCAAUCCUGCUUUGUGCAGCUAUAGCAAGUGCCCAUCCGGCGAGCUUUACUUCUGAAAAAUUCCAAUCCCUGAUCUCUCAGAAAAGCUUGCUAUCCGAUCUCAAAGCUUUCGAUCAAAUCGCUUCGAACAACAACGGAAACCGUGCCUUUGGUGAACCCGGCUACGUCGCAUCAGUCAACCAUGUCAAGUCCCGCCUCGACAAAUCAAGCAGAUUCAAGUCCUGGACCCAAAAAUUUGAAACUCCUUCGUCCAACAUAGAGCACUUGCGUCUCACCGUCAACGGCAAAAGCUAUAACCUUAAGAUGCCACUAGGUUGGGCGGGGGGAGAAGCGCGGGACUUAGAUAUUACCGCUCCACUAGCCGUACUUGAUUGGGGCUCCCCCGGGACUUGCGAACACCCAUAUUACAACAAUAAUACCGACACAACCGGUAAAAUUGUUCUGAAUCGAUGGGUGAACUGUCAUAACCCGGGCAAGCACAGUCCCCACGUGGACAUGAGCUCUAGCUCGCUCGGGUACAUUUUCUACGAAGACAACUAUGAGCCGUUGGGGGUUUCCAAGAGAUCAGUACCCAAUAUGGUGAAGAGGGAAGAACAUCCAUUUAGCUUCAUAUAUAUGAGCCGGGCCGACGGAAUCGAGCUAACCAGACGUCUCCACGCCGGUGAGGAGCUCAUCGCACGAUUUCAAUAUAAAACAUCUCCGGUCAAGAUUGAAAGCCAAAAUGUGAUCGCCGAAACAAAAGCUGGCGACCCGAACAAAGUUAUUUUACUCGGCGCUCACCUCGACAGCGGCGUCAAUAGUCCCGGAAUCAAUGACAACGCCAGUGGCGCUGCUCUUUUACUCGCUCUGUUCGAUGCUAUCAAUCAAGGCAAAUUCAAGCCAAAGAAUAAGAUCCGUUUCGCAUGGUGGGCCGGCGGACAGGAAUACCUAAAUUUCGGUUCAAGCCAUUACGUUCUAAAUUUGUCCAAAAAAGAGGCCGACAAUAUCCUCCUUUACUUGAACUUCGAUAUGGUCAGCAGAGGUCACUUUGGUGUAUACGAUGGAGACGGCAGCAGAUACGGUUAUUACGGUUACCCGGGCUCCGAAAUUAUCGAAAAACUCUUCGAGGACUACUUCACCGCCAUGGGACUUCCCGUUAGACCUGUUCAUUGGCACGGCGACAGCGACUACUACUCAUUCAUGUCGCCGGAUCUUUUGAUAAAGCCCGUUGGUGGAUUGCACGGUGGGGACGGUCUUCUUGACGAUGCCUGCUGGCAACAAACCUGUGACAACCUUGCAAACGCCAAUGUAACGCACUUGGAGAUUAACACCAAGGCUGCAGCUCACGCCCUUUACGUUCUCUCUCAAACGUAUAAGGAGGUCAUUCCGCUGGUCCCAUAUAACCAUACGGCGGCCCAAAUGGCGGGUUAUUAG